AUGUCCAUAUAUCUCAGCAGGAAAGAGAUGGCUCCGGUCACGAGGUCCCAGCCGCGCCGAGCAGAACACACGCCAAAUUGGGCAUUAGCUCUUGACCAUGUCCAUAUACCUCACUGGCUCACUGACAAAGAGAAGGCUCCGGUCAUGAGGCCCCAGCCGCCGCGAUUCAGGCGACGCCGAAUUGGGCGGGAGCCCUCUGAGGAUGUGGUCCGGAGCAAGCGCCGGCGAGGUGAUCCCAGCCGCGCUGAAUAG